AUGUACAUUCCAAAAGCCAGAGGUGGUCUCUCCACUCAGCUUGCUCGCCCACUUUGCAAAAGGACCUUGCCUACAGGGUCAAGCUGCCUUUCAACAAACACCCAAACUGCCCGAAAAGAAGGUGACAUCUCUUCCGUCUUUGUCUCGUUAUCCGGGGACGGAAAAGCUGCGCCGCUCGAUGAGCGAUUCGCAGACCAGAAGAAGAAGCUCAUCGCUGGGCGUGGAGACCAACUAAAACGAAGCUGGGAUCGUCUGCUGUGUAAGCUCAGAGAUGAAGUUGAGAUCAUCGAACAGCGUGGAUCGGAUAUCAUCCCCAGUAUCGACUUCAAAGAUAUCCAUGCUGCCCCCAGAUCAUUCCACGAUGAGCUCCGGAAGCGAGGAGUUGCAAUUAUCCGUGGUGUGGUCCCCGAAGACGAGGCGAGAGGCUUUAAAGAAGAGAUAGAAGCCUAUGCACGCGCGAACCCGGGUACAAAAGCCUUCCCACCUAAUGAUCCCCAAGUAUACGAACUGUACUGGUCUCACCCUCAAGUUCGUGCCCGCUCACAUGCCAAUAUGUUGGAGACACAACGAUUCCUCAUGAGCUUCUGGCAUUCUUCCGCAUCCGAUGCCAUGAUUUCUCCUCUGCACCCAGUCACCUAUGCGGAUCGUCUUCGUAUCCGCCAGCCAGGCGAUGCAGGAUUUGCACUAGGUCCCCAUACCGAUGCUGGAAGCGUUGAGCGCUGGGAGGACAACGGAUAUGGCUUGGGCCAAGUCUACCAACGAAUCUUCGAGGGACGGUGGGAGGAAUACAACCCCUGGGAAGCUAGCUGCCGCCUUCCUGUGAUGUCUAACUUGUACGACGGUGCUGGAGCUUGCUCUAUGUUCCGCAUGUUCCAAGGAUGGCUGAGCAUGUCCCACACGGGCCCGAAUGAGGGAACAUUGCUUGUGAACCCUCUUCUUUCAAUGGCCACCGCGUAUAUGCUUCUCCGUCCAUUCUUCCAGCCUGUCAACAAAGCUCCAGUAGAUGGAACCUCUCGCAUCGCGAUGGAUACCUUUUUGGAACCCGCAAACUGGCGCUUGGAGGAUAAGGUCACUAGCAAGCUGGAGGGGGCUACUCCUGGUUACUCACAGGAGCUUAACUCAGUUCUUCACCCGCAUCUUGAGCUUGAGAAGACGAUGGUACAUGUUCCACAGAUUGGACCUGGUGACUAUGUUGCCUGGCACUGUGACACUAUUCACGCCGUUGACAAGGUUCAUCAGGGUGCUGGUGACUCAAGUGUGCUGUACAUUCCUGCCUGUCCUGUCACAGAAGCAAAUGUGGAGUACGUCAAGCGCCAGAAGAAUGAUUUCAUAAACGGCAUUCCUCCUCCCGAUUUCCCAGGCGGUAAGGGUGAGAGUGAACAUAUCGGUCGCGCAACUGUGGAGGAUCUUCAAGGUUACGCCAAUGAGCAAGCUCUACGCGCAUUUGGUUUCAGCAAGUGGAACUCCGAGGAGGAGAACCUCAACAUUGGGCAGCGACGUGUUUUGCAAAAAGCCAACGAGAUCCUAGGCCUCUAA